AUGAAUGAUCGACUCAUAAUCGGUGCACCAAAUGAAAGUGUAGGUGAAGCUCAACCAAAUGGCUGGAUGAAUGCAGAAUUAUUUUUGAAAUGGAUGAAACACUUUGUGAAAUAUUCAAAUCCCACAGAAAAGGAUCCAAUUCUUCUAAUUCUUGAUGGUCAUGCCAGCCAUAAAGACUUAGAUGUUAUUGAAUUUGCUAGAAAAAGUCAUGUACAUAUGUUAAGUACUCCUCCUCAUACGACACACAAGCUACAACCGCUUGACAGAACUUUUAUGAAGCCUUUCAAAUCGUCUUAUAAUGAUGAAUGUGACUUGUGGAUGAGAUCUACCCCUGGUAUAAGAAUCACUGAGUACGAGAUUGCAGGGUUAGUCGCUUCUGCUUUUACGAAAGUUUCUCGAAUGGAUAUUGGCAUUUCCGGCUUUCGACGCACUGGCAUUUACCCUUUUAAUAACAACAUCUUCAGCGAUCUCGAUUUUAUUGGUUCAGACAUGACCAAUGUUACAGAGAGUCAAUAUUCAGAGUCAGCGUCAAUGCUUCCAUCUUCUCAACUGCCAGAACCAACUCCUUCAACAUCUGGACAGUGA